UAAAUGUGUUUUGAGUUACGCACUCAAGAUUAAUUAUAAAUUCACAGCAACUACAUAUAUACUUCGGAUUGUAUACUGUUCACUCUUAGUUUACACACCGCUAGGUCUUUCAUAUUAGGCUGUAUAUAGGAAAGCACCUGAAAUGUCUAACAAAUAUAAAAGCGGUGAAGUUAUAGUCCGUGCAGCAACUAAACAUGAUAUGAGUGCAGUCGCUGAAAUGAUACAGGAAUUAGCAGAUUACGAGAAAAUGUCUGAUGGUCCAAAAUUAUCCAUUAAAGAUUUGGUGCAUGACGGUUUUGAAAAACAACCACCUGUGUUCUUCUGCAAAGUUGCAGAAAAACACAACGAAAAUAUCUUAGGUUAUGCUAUUUACUUUCCUGUGUAUUCCACGUGGGAGGGACGUGCGCUAAUGCUGGAGGAUCUGUACGUGAGAAUGAACGAGCGGCGCAGAGGUGUUGGUAGAUUGCUUUUCGAUGCAGUUGCAAAGGAAGCGUCAGCGACGGGCUGCUGCCGCUUGGACUUCCACGUCCUGGAGUGGAAUCCUGCUUGUUCGUUUUACGAGAGCAAAGGUGCGGUAAAUCUAACUAACAAGGAGCAGUGGUGCUACUACAGGCUUACGGGAGAUGCAUUACGUGACUUUGCCAAAGAUGGCUAGCGGCCGCGGCACCCUGACAGUACACGCUGUACCAACCGACCCAGACUCCGUCUAUCAAGUGCCUGCGGUUCGAUCUUUGACACACGGGAAGACAUCCUCACAUACUCCAUACAUUCAGUUACCUGGUCGCGGAACCAUUAAAAUAAAAUUCGAUAGGGUUACAAGAAAAUAGUUCUAUGUGCUGAUUUUCUUUUUAUUUAUUAAGUUUACACCAUAAAUCGUUUUGUACAUU